UCAAAUAUGGCGCUCGUGUCAAGUGUUUUUCUUUUAUACAUCGCUAUUUUACCUGCUAAAAAUUUGUGAAAAGUCCAUUACAAUAUACAAAAUAAUUUGUGAAAAACUACUAAAAACGCGGCCGAAAUAAGCGAGUACUUUGUGAGAUUAUGCGUAAAGUAUUGAUAGUGGUAGCAAAGUAAAUCAUGUGAAUGUGUAUGUGUAUAAUAUAAAAAAUAAGCAAAUAAAGCACACUCGUAUAAAAAAAAGUUAUCUAAAAGAAACAAAAUAAAUAGAGUGAAGAGUGAAUAAAACCAGCCACACAAAGUGUAUGCCAUUCAAGUUCUACUUGAGUUGUGCGAAAUAGGAAAGGGCUGAAGGUGCGGCGCAGUGCUUAGAGAGCGCUUUGUGGCGCACAUGAAGGAGAAGUUAAUAAAAAUUCGCUAGCUAGUUGUGAACGCGUCACAAGGCUCCCAACGCCGUCAUUGUGACUGUUGUUUUGUUUUUUACCAACGUUGUGCGAACUGUUGUGUAUGUACACUUUUAUCGCGACCGUCAUUCAUAACGUCAACUUUGCUGUUUCCGUUCUCGUCAAAGUCGACAAUACACGACACGUUGGAAAAAGGCAUAUUACUUUGAAACACGCUUAAGUGUAACUUUGGCCAAAGGAUAACGUACUCCCACAGUGUAACUUUCUUAAAACAGGCAUACUUCGUCGAACGACGUGGUUUUACGCGACACCAGUAAGCAACGCAACUCACAAACUUAAAAAUUCGUUUCACGCCGGGAUAGCACUUGUAAAUAGCUCAUAUAUACUAAGAGAAAUAUAUACAUAAAGGAAUAGAUUUACAAUCGCCAGUAUACACCAUGUCAACUGAUAAGAUCAAAGUUGCUGUGAGGGUGCGACCCUUCAAUCGUCGUGAAAUCGAGUUGGGCACAAAAUGCAUCGUGGAGAUGGAAAAACAGCAGACAAUUCUGCAAAAUCCGCCUUCGCUGGACAAAUUGGAGAGAAAACCACCCAAGACAUUUGCAUUCGAUCACUGCUUCUAUUCGUUAAAUCCCGAAGACCAGAAUUUCGCCUCACAGGAGUCCGUCUUCGAUUGUGUGGGACGUGAUAUACUCUAUAAUGCAUUCCAAGGCUACAAUGCCUGCAUAUUCGCCUAUGGCCAAACAGGCUCCGGUAAAUCAUACACAAUGAUGGGUUCGCUUGAGUCCAAAGGCAUCAUACCACGCCUCUGCGAUGAGCUCUUCUCAGCCAUAGCCAAUAAAACGACACAGGAUCUCAUGUAUAAGGUCGAGGUGUCCUACAUGGAGAUCUACAAUGAGAAAGUACACGAUCUGCUCGAUCCAAAACCAAAUAAACAAUCACUCAAGGUGCGUGAACACAAUGUGUUGGGUCCAUAUGUGGAUGGUCUGUCGCAGCUGGCGGUCUCCUCAUACAAGGAUAUUGAUAAUCUCAUGACCGAAGGCAAUAAAUCGCGUACUGUCGCCGCAACGAAUAUGAAUGCGGAAUCGUCACGUUCGCAUGCUGUUUUCUCGGUGGUGCUCACACAAAUACUGACAGAUCAGGCGACCGGUGUGAGCGGUGAGAAGGUGUCACGAAUGUCGUUGGUGGAUUUGGCUGGUUCCGAACGCGCUGUGAAGACUGGUGCUGUUGGCGAUCGACUCAAGGAGGGCUCCAACAUAAAUAAAUCACUCACCACCCUGGGUUUGGUUAUUUCGAAGCUGGCCGAUCAAUCGAAUGGCAAAAAGAGUGGCAACGACAAAUUCGUACCAUAUCGCGACUCCGUACUCACAUGGCUGCUAAAGGACAAUUUGGGUGGUAAUUCAAAAACCGUUAUGGUUGCCACAAUAUCACCAUCGGCCGAUAAUUACGAAGAAACGCUCUCGACGCUGCGCUAUGCCGAUCGUGCCAAGCGUAUUGUCAAUCAUGCUGUCGUCAAUGAGGAUCCGAAUGCGCGCAUCAUACGCGAAUUGCGCCUGGAAGUGGAGGCGUUACGUAAUAUGCUGAAACAUGCGACCGGCUCGCCAGUGGGCGAUGUACAACGCGUCGAUAUACACGACAAGCUCGCAGAAAGUGAGAAUCUGAUGAAGCAAAUCUCACAAACGUGGGAGGAGAAGCUGGUGAAAACCGAACGCAUACAAAACGAACGUCAGCAGGCGCUCGAAAAGAUGGGCAUUAGCGUGCAGGCGAGCGGAAUUAAAGUGGAGAAGAACAAAUAUUAUUUAGUCAAUUUGAAUGCUGAUCCGUCCCUGAAUGAGUUGUUGGUUUACUAUUUAAAGGAACGCACCCUAAUCGGUGGUCAUAGCAUUUCCGGCCAACAACCAGACAUACAACUAUCCGGCCUUGGUAUACAACCUGAACACUGUGUCAUUGUCAUCGAAGACGGUGGCCUCUUUAUGGAACCCAUACAGGGUGCCCGUUGCUUCGUGAAUGGUUCGGCGGUGCUGGAGAAGAUUCCACUGCACAAUGGCGAUCGCAUACUCUGGGGUAAUCAUCAUUUCUUCCGUGUUAAUUGUCCGAAGAGCGCCAAUGCCAACAUGAUCUCGGAACCACAAACCCCAGCACAGCUGAUCGAUUAUAAUUUUGCGCGCGAUGAGAUAAUGCAAAACGAACUGAGCAAUGAUCCCAUACAAACGGCCAUCGCGCGGCUCGAGCGGCAGCACGAGGAAGACAAGCAAGUGGCACUGGAGAAGCAGCGACAGGAGUAUGAGCGCCAGUUUCAGCAGUUGCGUAACACCCUAUCGCCCAGCACCCCCUACGCCCCGUAUACACCAUACGAUCCUUUGCGUUUGGGUAAGAUUACACCGAACACACCCACAUCGCAAAUGCGCGUUGAAAAGUGGGCACAGGAGCGUGAUGAGAUGUUCAGGCGUUCGCUGGGCCAAUUGAAAAACGAUAUUAUGCGCGCCAAUGCUUUGGUGCAGGAGGCCAACUUCCUCGCCGAGGAGAUGGAGAAGAAGACAAAAUUCUCAGUUACUUUACAAAUACCGCCGGCCAAUCUAAGUCCAAAUCGGCGGCGCGGCGCUUUCGUCAGCGAACCAGCCAUUUUGGUGAAGCGCACGAAUUCCGGCAGUCAAAUUUGGACCAUGGAAAAGUUGGAGAACAAGCUGAUUGACAUGCGAGAAAUGUAUCAGGAGCACAAGGAGCGCCUUUUGAAUGGCUUGCCUGUCGUUGAAACAUACUCCGACGAUGAAGAUAGCGAUGAGGAGAGUGAAAACUCCAAAUCGUUGGAUCCGUUCUACGAAUCGCAGGAGAAUCACAAUCUGAUCGGUGUCGCCAAUAUAUUCCUAGAGGUACUCUUCCACGAUGUUAAGCUGGACUAUCAUACGCCCAUCAUAAGUCAACAAGGUGAAGUUGCUGGCCGACUUCAGGUCGAGGUACAACGCAUUGCCGGUCAAAUGCCACAGGAUCGCAUGUGCGAAUCGAUUUCCGAGUCUUCGACCGAUUCACGCGACGAAUACGACGAUCCUGUCGAUCCAAUGUCCAAUCAAAUCACUUGCCGUGUCUCAAUCAAGAGCGCCACCGGCUUGCCGCUUUCGCUAUCCAACUUCGUUUUCUGCCAGUACACCUUCUGGGGCCACCAAGAGACGGUGGUGCCAGUGAUCAAUGCCGAAGCGCCCUCACACGAUCAGAAUAAAGUCUUUAAAUUUGAGCACACCAAGGACUUCACCGUCGCCAUAAAUGAGGAAUUCCUAGAGCACUGUAUUGAGGGUGCGUUAUCGGUUGAGGUUUGGGGUCACCGCAGUGCCGGUUUCUCCAAGACCAAAGGCUGGGAGGUGGAGCAACAGCAGGCUAAGGCGCGUUCGCUAGUCGACCGCUGGGCGGAAUUGUCGCGUAAGAUCGAAUUGUGGGUGGAAAUACACGAACUGAAUGACAAUGGUGAAUACUCACCGGUGGAGGUGACAAAUCGCACCGAAGUGCUCACCGGUGGCAUCUAUCAGUUGCGUCAGGGCCAACAGCGGCGCGUAAAUGUACGCGUCAAACCGGUACAAAAUUCCGGCACCUUGCCGAUCAUCUGUCAGUCCAUAGUAAAUAUUGCAAUCGGUAGCAUAAGUGUGCGUUCACGUCUACAGCGACCACUCGACUCGUAUCAAGAAGAAGAUCUCACCGUGCUGCGUGAGCGUUGGAGUGAAGCGCUCGGCCGCCGACGCUCCUACCUCGAUCAGCAAAUACAGAAACUAAUCAAGAAGGAGGAAAAGACCGAGGAGGAACGUGAACGUGAGUUGAGUUUGGUACACCAGUGGGUCUCCUUGACCGAGGAACGCAAUGCCGUUUUGGUGCCCGCACCCGGUUCUGGCAUACCGGGCGCGCCAGCCUCUUGGGAACCACCAGCCGGCAUGGAACCGCACGUGCCCGUCUUGUUUCUCGAUCUAAAUGCCGACGAUAUGUCGGCGCAAAAUACCAAUGACGAAUUCUCUGUUGCCGGUCAAAAUUCGAUACUCUCCAAAGAGCAUGGACACAAAUUCUACACGCUACAAAUACUACAACACCUCGAAAAGGAUGUCUGCUCGAUUGCCAGUUGGGACUCGUCCAUGCACGACAGUCAGGCAUUGAAUCGUGUUACCGAAGCGAAUGAGCGCGUCUACCUGAUCCUGCGCACCACUGUACGGCUCUCACAUCCAGCACCCAUGGAUUUGGUGUUGCGCAAACGCAUUAGCAUAAACAUAAAGAAAGGUCCAAGCAUUACCGAUCGCUUGAAAAAGUUUCGUUUGGUACGCGGCGAGAAUGCCAUACUGCAGACGGGCGUCACCUACGAAGUGGUCUCCAACAUACCAAAAGCAUCCGAAGAACUCGAGGACCGCGAAUCCUUGGCUCAAUUGGCCGCCAGCGGUGAUGAUUGCUCCGCAAGCGAUGGCGAAACAUACAUCGAAAAAUACACGCGUGGCGUUUCCGCCGUGGAGAGCAUAUUGACGCUCGAUCGCUUGCGCCAAAGCGUCGCCGUCAAAGAAUUGGAGACUGCGCACGGUCAGCCGCUAUCGAUGCGCAAGACGGUCAGCGUGCCCAACUUCUCGCAGCUCAUGCGUUUUGAUGCCUCCAUGGAGUCGCUGCUGAAUGUGGGACGCUCCGAGUCCUUCGCCGAUCUCAACAAUCAAACAUUGAACUCCAAGUUUCCAGCACAUCCAGCUAUACGCGACUUUGGCACACGCAAUCGCCACAGCUUUGGCGGCAAGGGCAGUAAUGACGAACCGCCUUGCAAACCAUUUGGCAUUGCGCGUCCAACUUUCUUGAAUUUGAACUUGAAUUUCAAUCAACGCAAUCCGCCGACCAAGCCUUCACCGGCUACCAGCAAGCUAUUGGGCAUGCGCAUGACCACACUACACGAAGAGCCGCUCGGCGUGCAUCGUGCCCUCGCCGAGGAGCCCGAAGACAGCUAUAGCGACUCGGAAUACACCAAUAACGAAUACGAGCAGGAGAAGAAUCAACAGAAUAAUUAUCACACACGUUCACGCCUGACAGCCUCGAAGACCAUGGACUCAUUCAUGGAUGUCAGCAAUCAUUCCAAUCACAGCUACUUAAGUUAUACGUCCAGCGCUAAUGCGAAUAUGAAGCAUUUAACCGGACUGGCCACGCCCAGCAUGAGUUCGUCCACAUCUAGCGGCUAUGGUUCGCAGGCGGUUUCAUGCAGCAAUUUGACGAAUGAUGAUAUUGCUUCUAUGCGUUCAAUGAGCAUUGAUGAGACACCAGCAGACUUUCAUUCGAAUUCACCACCCAACCGGCAAACACGCUUCAAUCCAUUCUUAAAAGACAUGCCAAAGGCGAAUGGCAAUAACAAACAGCAGAAUCAACAGCAACAACAACAACCAGCGCAAACAACGACAGCACAUUCGACGAUGAACGACGAGCAGAGCGAUACAACGCCAAUGCAACAGAAAUUAGCACCGGGAAGCGCAACAAGCGCCGAGACAACUAACGAAAUCAGAACAACACUCAACGACAAUGAGAUCAACAACACAAAUGCAAAGCUGCCAAAUAUAACAACAAAAGCACAAUACAGCGCUGCCAAUGCCCCGAUGGAUAUAGAGAUGGAUGCUGUGGCGGAUAACGGUGAUUAUGUGGCAAACACCAUAAACGAUGAUGAUGUUGUUGAACUCAAAAACAACAACAAUUGCGAAACAACAACAACAGCGGCCAAGUUAAUUAACAAUCACAACAAUAGUGAGAAUAAUAAGAAUACAACAAAUACAACGGCAACAUUAAUUAGCAACAACAUUGCUASCGACAAUCAAAAUGGCAAUGAGACGAUAAAUCACACAACAACAACAGCUAUAGCAGCAACAACAACAAAUGAGGCAGAACAACAGCAGCAGCAACAACAACCGUUGGAAGGUAAUGGCAUUGUACGGGGCCAACUGCCAGCCGGCAAAGUGGUGCGUCGCAAAAAGACACCACCACAAAGUGGCAACGUCAUGUCGAGCAGCGUCAUAAGCACCAACAACAAUGGCGGUGCGUCGCGUGCGCAAUUGCAACGUGCUUCCGUGGCACAAAUGGAGGGUAUUUUGACGGCGUCCAAUGACCGAUUGAAUGUGUCGAUGACCGGCAGCAUGGAACUCGAUGCAGAAAUCGAAGCUUCUCUACCCGACUGGGUGCUAGUUGGCGAGUCGGUGCUAAUACGUCCAUACAACACGAGCGGCGUCAUCAGCUACAUCGGCAACACACACUUCCAAGCUGGGACUUGGAUUGGCGUUGAGCUGGACACGCCGACGGGCAAGAAUGACGGCACCGUACAGGGCAUACAAUAUUUCCAAUGCAAGCCGAAGCAUGGCAUCUUUGUGCGCUACGACAAGUUGAUAUUGGAUAAACGUGGCAAGGCCAUGCGCGCCUACAAAGCGGAGAAAAGCAACAGCAAAGACACAAACAUGAUGACACGCUCAAAGAGUCGCGGCGAAUCCUUGGCCAGCGUCGGUGGCGCCGCGUCGUCACGCAAAUGAUUAUAUCCAAAAUGUUCGCAUCAAAUGCACCGCUGGGCUAAUUGCAAGCAAUCCACAUUGGUGACAGCAGCCGCUGCUGCCAAAGCAACAACAACAACAACUGCAAACGCAACAACAACAACUGGUGCAGCAGCAGCAGCAGCAAAGACACCAACAAAUGCCGCACAUGGCGGCAGAGGAGCUGCUGCACCAACGCGCACAUGCACCAAAUUGCGUGCAACCAGCACAGCAGCCGCAGCAAAUGUCGCGACGGUGACGGCCACGGCCACGGCACACGUCACCACCGUCGAUGCGAACACGAGACGUUUCAAGCGACGCUCAACAGCAUUUUAAGUGGCAACGCAGCAGCAGCAGCAACAGCAACCAACCGACGCGUAUGUUUGUAUGUCAGCUGCGUUGCAAAAAUGCCGCGUGUAGUGUGCGCCACAAACGCUCGAACGGAGUAAACAUUUUGAGGUUAAAAAAGUAGAGAGAGAAGCAUAGAAAUCACAAACCGCCAAGUCAUGCAACACGCAUAUACAGUUAUAUGCGUGAAAAAAGAAAACAACAUAGAACGAACAAACGAAUUGCAAUUGCAUACAUAUUACAUAAUUACGCAUUAUUUUAUAUAUUAUGACAKACAUACAUACAUACUUACAUAUAAAUUAAAAAUAAUCACAUUGUACAGCCACGUUGUGACCCCUUGAUUGUAAUUUAUUGUAGUUAACACACGUUCCACACACAUUCCCAAACUCCGCCCAACCCCAUUCCAUCCAAACAAAAAAAAAAAAACAACAAACAAAAGUCGCCCAUUUCGUUAGAACGUGUUUGCCGUCAUAGUAGUGCUGUCCUGGGCAGUUAAAAAAUUAAAAAAAUAAUAAUUAUUAUGAAAAGUACCGUAGUUUAAUAACAUUUGUGCGUUUUGUAGUUUGAGCAAGUUGAUUUUACGCGCAUAUCUUUCCUAUUUGUUUUUUUUUUUAUUUCUUUUUAAUUUUUAUUGUGUGUGUGUGUUUAUGCAUAAGUAAAUGAUAAAAUGAUAAAAAUGUAUGCGAAGUUAUGAGGCGUGGGAGAAAAGUAACUGUAUAUAUGAUAUUUUUAUUUUUUUAAUAUUGAACGAUGUAUUGCUUAUUGAGUUGUCCUCAGCAGGAAUUGCGUUGUUUGAAAUAUUUAUUGUCUUUACGCCAAUCCUUUGAGAGGCGGGUAAUUAAAUAAUAAAAUCCAUAUAAGCACUUGAAUCCGAUCGAUCAGUUUGUAUGAUAGUUAUAUGCUAUAGUGAUCGGAUCUGAACAAUUUCUUCGGACAUAGUAGCAAUGCUUUGGAUAGUAAUUUCCACCAAAUUUCAUGAAGAUAAUUUUCAAAUAAAAAAGUUUUCCAUACGAAAACUUGAGUUGGAUCAUUCAGUUUAUAAGUUAGCUAUAUGCUAUAGUAGUCCGAUAUCGGCCAUUCUAACAUAUAAGCAGCUUCUUGAGAGAAAAGAACGGGUAAAAGAUUUUUAGAUCGGUAUCUCAAAAUCUCAGGGACUAGUUCGUUUAUAUGCAGACAGACAGAAGGGUWUGGUUAAAUCGGCUCAGCUCGUCACCCUGAUCGUUUAUAUAUGUAUAUACUUUAUAGGGUCUCUGACGUUUCAUCUUGGGAUGUUACGAAUAUCGUGGCAAACUUGAUAUACGCUAUACAGGAUAAAAAUAUCCGGAACGGCCAGGAUUUAUAUUCAACCAAGUGCUAUAAAUCCGACUACUGUCUUCAUUCAGCUUUUUUUGCUGUUUUUGUCGUUGUUAUAGCGGCAGAAAAUAUUCCCGAAAUAAAUGUGAAGAACGCUGCGAAACUUACCUCUACCGGAUAGAAAUCGUUUGUCGUGGGAACCGGAGCUUUUCUUGUUGCUUUCUCACAGCAUUCUGUGCUAUGUAACUCGGAUUCUUAUCCACCGAUACACUUUCAAGUUGGUAGAGAGUCGGACAAGAAUUAGUGUCGCUUUAACAGCAACAAUUAACUUGGAAAGCAUUUGUUUAGAAACUAAAUUUAGCAUGAAGAACAAUCCGUUCUUUAGACCGUUAUCCAACUGCAGUGCUGUAGAGAGAAAAACGGGCGGCAGAAUUCUGUCGCUAUAGCAACAACAACAGAGAAAACCUUGGUCUGGAAUGGAUUGAAGUAAUAGUAGUAGAUUGUUGGAACAAAAAUCUUUAAAAAAUUGUUGCGGCGCACUGGCAUACCCGUUCUCACCCCGUCUCUCCUUCACUGCCCAACUGUGUUUCUCAAAAGCUGUCAAAAAGCUAGAAGAUAACUCUAAUUUGAAUAAA